AUGGCAAACUUCAAGGGCCACGCUCUCCCGGGGAGCUUCUUCUUGAUAGUUGGACUGUGGUGGUCAGUGAAGUACCCGCUGAAGUACUUUCACCGAAAGGGGAAAAGCAGCCAACUGACUCAUUACUAUCAGCGUCUGGAGAUCACUGAAGCUGCAAUCAGAACUUUAUUUUCGGUCAUUGGGGUCCUGGCAGAGCAGUUUGUUCCAGACGGGCCCCACCUCCACCUGUCCCAGGAGAGCCACUGGGUGAAGCUGAUGAACUGGCAGCACAGCACCAUGUACCUGUUCUUCGCUGCCUCGGGAGUCGCGGACAUGCUCACCUACCUCAGCGCCCACACCCCCGUGGGGCUGGACAGGCUGGUCAUGGCUGUGGCGGUGUUCAAUGAAGGCUUUCUCUUCUACUACCACGUCCACAACCGGCCGCCGCUGGACCAGCACAUCCACUCCCUCCUGCUGUACGCAGUAUUUGGAGGGGCUCUCAGCAUCGCCUUGGAAGUGAUCCUUCGGGACAACAUUGUGCUGGAACUCUUCCGAACCAGCCUCGCUAUCCUUCAGGGCACCUGGUUCUGGCAGAUCGGGUUCGUGCUGUUUCCGCCUUUCGGAGGACCCGAAUGGGACCAGAGUGACCACAACAACAUCAUGUUCAUCACCAUGUGCUUCAGCUGGCACUACCUGGCCGCCCUCUGCACAGUGGCCAUCAGCUACUCACUUGUUCACUGCUUUCUGACACGAGUCAAGAGACACGGAGAAAGAGAAAUCAUUGGGAUUCAGAAGCUGAAGUCAGAUCACACCUACCAGACAGCCCUCCUGGGUGGCUCGGAUGAGGACUAGAGGUGGCCGGUCACCCAUCGGCCAGUGGAGGAUGGAUGUGUCCCCUGCACGCCCUCAGCUGGCGGUCAACCGUGUGGCUCACCUCCUCCACUUCAGUCCUCACUGUGGUCCUCUCUGGGUCUGUAUAUUUGCACCUCCUCAUCUAACCGACUAAAAUCUGGUUGGUGUGGUAUCCUUUGUAAAGAAAACUGAAGCAAGCCUUUAACUGCAUCUCAGUGUGAAGAGAAAUCGGACCCUGAAAGUUUCUGAACAGGAAGUGACCUUCUGGAUGAUUUCAGGGUAUGAAUCCAGCAGAACUUACUGCUUUUAAUAAUUUAGCCCUUUUCCUCUCCAGAAAUCAAGUACUUUCAGAAAGUAAAUGACUGACAGAGUUUAUUUUAGACAUUUAAUUCCAGUAUGUAUUUUUUGAAGUAAAAUAAUUCAUACGCUUUGGUGUUUUAAAUAUUACUUGUUAAACAUCUUCAAAAUAAUCGUAACAUUCCAGUCGUGCAGUACCACUCACUGCCAAUAAAUAACAAACUUGGGCCAAAGGUGAUUUUUUUUAAUCAGGAAGCUAGUUAGUGGCCCAGCUGAGAGCUGGAACUCAGAUGGUCUGACUCCUCAGAAGUACCCUAAUAGGAUUUCCUAAGAGGAAAUCCCUGUAAUGAGGUAGAGAGAAAAGCGUCACGUUAUGGAACGCCCUGAAUUUAGCUGAAAGCAAAGGAUAAGAACCCUGUGAAGGACGUGAAUCUUGAAUGAGUAAUACAAAGUCUUGAUACUCGAA